UCGAGCUCUAAUCAAUCACGUGCAAUAUAAAACCACGUGAUUUAAACUGCCAUUACAGCAAAUGAAUUGCGACAAGGAGAUGCUCUUGACUUCUCAGCGAGCUGCGACGAUUCUGUUCCAGGCCGGAGUGGAUUUUGAAGCAAACUGGCCUUCUGGUGUACGGGUGUACAAGAGAGUAAAUGAGGAACAAAUGAAGAUGGUCAGCAGCAUUCUCACCAGUAAGAAGCCAAAAACCGAGGAAGUACCAUGCAAAGCGGAACACAAGGCUUCAACUCCAGAAGGAAUGUUUUCUUUCUCCCAGUGGAAACUAAAUUUUAGGGAAAAAUUUAAAACGUUCUCAUUACUGACUCUUCUAAUGAAAUUUAACGUUAUUGGUCAGGGGGAAAUGCACUGCUCAUAGGCCAGUGGCCCACCGACCGAACUGUCAUUCCAUUGGUCAAAAGUUUGUACUAACCCCAAGUGUAUUGGUAUUUGAGAUUUUCAUGAAAACUAUACUUGAUAUUGAUGAAUGUAAUUUGUUGGUAAACGUCAUGUUCACGUUCUAGGAAUGUAUCAUAAAAUUAAUCAUUGUUGUAACUCAAAUUAUUCAUUACAAAACUAUCUAUGAGGAUCCUGU